AUGGCCGACAAGGCGGCAAUUGAUAACUGCCAUAAGGCGCAGUCCCACGAUUUAUUGGACAGCUCCGGUAGUACACCUCCCGAUCGUCUAAUUGACUUGCCUUUAACCCCUCCCGCCACGAUUGAACCACACCUGCCGUCCAUCGACGCCUCUGGCCCGGUUCUUCGUUUGCUUGAAUCACGCAGCGAUCGAGCAAAGACUGUCGACUCUGGGGGUUGGGUUGAAGUUUCUCUCGAUCAGGAGCAAUACGUCUCACUGCGCGGAAGCAUCGAGCGGUCGUUUAAGCGAUUUGAUUACGACCCAAAUCACAGUCUCCUUAUUCUCCGUAUGCCUUCGCCUAUUCACGACUUCUUUGCGAAUAUCCUAGCCGACGACGUGCAAAACCAGCUUAAAGACAUUGCCAAAGAGAGAGAUGAAGCAGGCACCUUCGCGUCGAGAAUAAAGAGCGGAGGGUCGUCUACUAUUCUUUUGUCAGAAGGGGAUUCUGAAUUCUUUAAAAAUAUACGUCGUGAGCCUGACGCACAGUUUCGUCACCCUGAUGCCUAUUAUCCUGGUGUUGUAGUAGAGGUAUCCUACUCGCAGAAAGGCAAGAGUCUACAAAAACUUGCCCAGGACUACAUUCUCUACUCUAAUGGAGAUAUUAAAGCUGUUAUUGGCGUUGACAUUAACUACAAAGGGAAACAAUGCACUGUUUCUGUAUGGCGUCCAGAAUAUACAAGGUCGGAAGAUGGGAAUAGUGACGAACUAGGAUUUACAGCAGUCUUGUCACAAGAGACAUUUCGCUCAUUCGACGGAUCCUUAUGUAAUGCAGAAAAGUGCCUCACUCUUAACCUUAGCGACUUCGCGACCGAUGCACUAGCUAUUGAUUAUGGGACAGCAUCAAUAUCUAUUACUUUCAGCAAACUCUUUGAUAUGAUUCAACAAGCCGAGGAAAUGGAACCAGACAGAGGAUUUAAUACGGCGGGAAGCGCUAUGAAGUCAAAAAGAGUAACGAGGAAGCGCAGACGAUUAUCCAGCCCAGAAGAUCGGUUGCGUUCAGACGAUGAACGCACGUAUAUCAACAUGGAAAAGGCUGCCGAGGCCAGAGCUAGUGAGGACGACGAGGAUUUCAAAGGUCCAAUGACCAAGCGGAGAGUGAGGAAGUUUUCACCUAAAUAG